AGGCGUGUCAAGUUCUGCUAUCGACUUCUCGCGAGAGUCGGCGUUAAUAGACUGAAGAUGGAGGCUGUUCCUCGUAUGCCAAUGUUAUGUUUUUCUUUAAAACACAGCCCCGAAUAUGUGGAAUUUGGCCCUGUUUUGAAAAAGAUUAUACGAGAACAAUACUCAGAAGAUCCUGCUCUCUACAACAAAGCCUGCAAUGACUUGGAACAUAUGCGACAGGUUGCUGUUAGUGUUCCUCGGGAUUUCACUGGCUGCAGUACACUAAAAAGAUAUUAUGCACAGCUUCAGUUUUUACAGAGCCGUUUUAAGCUUGGCCAAGAUGAUGAGGAUGCUAUACCUUUCACCUGGGAAGAUGUACAUACGGGAAGAGAAUAUGUAUACCAGGACAUUAAAUUUGAACAGGCAUGCAUAUUAUAUAACAUUGGCGCCUUGCAUUCCAUCCUCGGAGCUGCUGACACACGAACAACUGCAGAAGGUAUGAAAGUAUCCUGCACCCACUUUCAGUGUGCUGCUUGGGCAUUUGAAUACCUAAGAGAUUAUUACACAGCCUACAGUCAAGACCUCUCGAGAGAAAUGAUGUCUUUCCAUGUAAAUUUAAUGCUUGCCCAAGCUCAAGAAUGUAUUCUUGAGAAGUCAAUGAGUGAUAGUCGCAAGAGCACAAUUACAGCCAAAGUUGCAGCAGAGAUUGUUGAGUAUUACAAAUUGGCGUUAAAGAACGCAGCUAUUGUCUAUGAUCAGGGAAUUUUGGGUUCGAGUUUGUACAAGGCUUGGAAGAGACGAAUGGAAUGCAAAAUGCUGUUUUAUCAGUGUAUUAAAUACUUUUAUCUUGGCCAACAAGCUGAUGACCAACAGAAAUGGGGAGAAAGAGUUACAUAUUUUUCAACAGCACAUGAUCGGUUGACAGAAUGCAUGAAACUUUCCAAAGCUGAUGACAUGCAAGAACCAUUACAGUUUACAUACGAUGUUGUUGUAGGCAAAUAUGAUUCAGCUAAGAAAGAUAAUGAUUUUAUAUAUCAUGAAAAAGUGCCCGAUUUAGAAUGUCUCCCUGAAGUAAAAGGUGCAUCACUAGUUAAAGGAAUUCCUUUUAAUCCCAAUGACCCAGAAAUAUCUGGCCCAGAUAUCUUCCAAAAACUUGUACCAAUAGAAGCCCAUGAAGCAGCAUCACUUUACAGUGAAGAAAAAGCAAAAAUCUCUCGAAAGUUAACUGGAAUGAUUGAAGAAAAGAAUGAAGAACUAGAACAUUUUCUUACUUCAUUACAACUAGAAAAGAGUAUUUUAGAACCUGAAGCAAGCCGCUUGCCUCAAGAUUUGCUGGAAAGAUGUGCAGCUAUCAGUGCACGACCAAAUGCAAUCAAAGAUCUGGUCGAUGUAAUGGGAAAGCUAUCUGGUUUUGCAACUGAAGUUGAGAUGGGAAUCAAAGAAGUGAAAGAACUAAUUGAGAAGGAAAUAAAAGCAGAAGAGGAAUUUGAAAAAACUUUUGGUAAAAGACCUCCAAUGACAAUCCUAAACCAAAUCCAGAAAGACUGUGAAUUGUAUGAGUCUGGGCAUGCAAGGGGCAGUAAAUCUAAUAAAGAUCUUCACAAAGCAAUGAAUGCUCAUGUUGCCAACUUAAAGUUAAUCAGUGGACCUCUUGAAGACAUACAGAACUCUUUACCUAAUUACGACAGCAUUAAAAAUCCGGAAGAGGAAGCUGUCCAAAAAGAGCUAAAAAAAUUGCUAGCAAAAGUGGACGAGAUGAAAUCACAGCGUGUCAUGCUUGAGGAACAAUUUCGUACCAAACUACAAGAAGAUGAUAUUACAAAUGUGUUGGUAACACAAGAAGCAAACAAACAGGAAAUAUUUGAAGAACAGUUGAAAAAGCAUGAUAAGACAAUCAAUUUAAUUGAACAAAACCUUGCUGCCCAAGAAAAUAUUUUACGAGCUUUAACGAAUGCAAAUGCAAAAUUUGCUAAUACUCGAAAGACAAUAACCGAGAUUAGAGUCAAACGAGAAACAUUGAUCAAAGAACUGAUGAAUAGCUAUGAUGUUUAUGAAGAUUUGUUGGCAAAGUCUCAUAAAGGUCUUGAGUUUUAUACAAAACUAGGGUCCAGCAUUGAGCAGAUGCUUCGCCGAACUCGGAGUGUCUGCCAAGUGCAAGAAGAAGAAAGGGGCCAAAUAAAAAAUAAAUACAAUUCUAAAACUUCAACCCCAUCCAGACCUGCAGCACCCAAACCUGGCAGCAAUGUACAAUCGUCAUUACCAAGUUUCGAAGGACCCAAACUUAAGGAUUACCUACCUUAUAUGAAACCAGCUACUUUUGGCAAAGGUGCUAAGGGCCAGACAGAUAGCCACUCUAGUGGUUCAUCAACACCUGAUGGCUCUGUCAGCUUACCUGAUUUAACUGCAGCAUCAGUGGUCUUGCAUCAUGAAGGAGACGGAGGAAGCAGUGGUGCACUUCCAGCUGGUGUGGGAGGAUCUAUAUCUCAAGGCACCCAGAGUGCUGACACUCAACAGUUUAUUGUGACUGCAGUUCCUUUUAAAAUACCUAGCAGUGCAGAUACUGGUGCCAUAUCAGUACCAUCCUCUGGUACUCCUGUGGAAAUGAGUAGAACUUUGCCACUUACAGGUCCAUCAUAUGUGGCACAAGAGCAACAAGAGUCUCGGCAAUGCAAACCACAGCUCCUACCACCACCACAGCAACGUCAGCAACACACCACUAAUACCGUUUCUGCUGUGGCCACACCCAUUGCUUCACCGACUAUGGAUGUUCAGGCUUAUUCCCACGUAUUGCCUAGCACUGCUGGAGUUAACAGUACUUUCAACAGGCAGCAAGGAAUCAGUGUCUCUGCAAAUGUGCAGGAUCCUGCAAACUUUCCUAAUACUUCAAGAGUUCAGGCUGGUGGGCCACAGUACUAUCAUUCUCAAGAUGUACAGCAAUCUCAGCAGUACUCAGCUAGUACCAGUGUUCCCAGUGCAUUACCUCAAAGUGCUCAUCUUGUUCACUAUCCUAACCAGCAGCAAAUACCUGCUACAAACUAUCAGGCAGCUCCAGCUGGCCAUAUUGAUUCUAUGUAUCCUGAUCUAUAUAGCUAUCAACAGGUUUACUGUCAAAAUGUUUCAGAACAACACCAAAGACAGCAGAUUCCUUAUUCUAUGCCUCCAUCCACAGCUGCAACUCACCCACAACCACAAAUUUAUAGUUCACAAUCACCAUCGCAACAUCCUUAUGGUGACAGGUUCUCUGUAUCACAGCCAGGUUAUUCUUCUCCUUCGAGGACCACACCCAAUCAACAAAGCCACAUGCCUGGUCCACCUACACAGCAGCCUGUUUAUGGUCAAAUGGUUGCUCAGCAACAAUACCCUAGUAGUACCCGAGUUGCCCCUUACCAAAUACCUUCUGCCCAGCCUAUUUCUGCUUCACAAGGUCAGGUGCCAACUCAAAGAUGGAAUCCAAAUAUGGAUCCUACACACAGUCCUUCACACACACAGUACCAGAUGCCUAAUGCAAGCCAACAGCAUCCAUCAGCUGCAUCUUCAAUGAGUUACAUUCAUUCAGCUGGCAGCUAUGGUGUAACUAGCCCAGCUGUUGGACAGAAUCAACCUAUGCCAUGGGCAUCACCAUCUAAGCUGGCAGCUGGAAGUGGACAUCCAUCUGGUCAGUAUAUGAGCAAUGUACCCUUGCAACAUGUGUCUCAACCUCAGCAGCCACAGCAGCCUGCUCAUAUGAACUAUCCUCCUGGUUCUACAUCACAGUAUGGCCAACAGCAUCCUACUUUCACAGGACAUCAUCCUCCUCAGGGGCAGCCUCAGCCUCCACCCCAACCACAGGCCCAGCCCCAGCUCCCACCACAGGCCCAACACCAGCUUCCACCACAGGCCCAGCCCCAGCUCCCACCGCAGGCCCAGCACCCACCACAGGCCCAGCCCCAGCUCCCACCACAGGCCCAGCCCCAGCUCCAGCCUCAACUCCAUCCACAGGCUCAGCCACUGCAACACAUUCCGACAGCUCAGCCAUCUGCUAUGUCAUCAUCAGCUGGUCUACAACCACCAGGUUUACCUCCACAAAUUCCUAACCAAUGGAAGCAAAAUCAGCCGCAAGCUCCUUCACAACAGACGUGGAUACCCAACCAAUCGUAUGGUGGUCUAAGUCACCAACAAGUGAUAGGUCAGCCUCAACCAGGACAGAUUAUCUCUUCUAGAUUUCAAUCACCAGCAGUACCCCAAAGUUCUCCUCAGCACACUUAUAACCAAACACCCUCUCAAGAAAUGACAGCUAAUCAACAGAUCCUUGCAGGAUCUUCACAUCAAACUCCUUACUCUCAAUCUUAUUCAGUUCAAGCAGCAAAACCAACUAUUCUUGAUCAUUCUCAGCAGAUGGCUACAGCUAGAAUGCCAUCACCUGUUCAACAAAACCAAGCUACACAGCAGCAAUUACAAUCAGGAACUUCACAGAUCCAGCCACCUUCUACUCAAAGCUCUUUUCAGCAGCAACAGAAUACGAUGGGGGUAAUGCAGUCACAUCCAAAUCAAGGAAUGACUGGAGUUUCUACAGUGCAACCACAACAGCAACAACAGGAUCCAAAUUUCCAACAGAAACUUUCUACAAAUGUGGCACCACUUUCACAGCAACAUCUACCUGGUAUGACUACACAGGUUCCACCAUUGCAACAGCAACAAAUGCAACCUGGAAUAACACCCAGCCAUCCCCAGCAAAUUGUUGCUCAACAAGGGGUACUACCCAGACAGCCAACACAACAGAGUAACCCGAAUAUGUUACAGAACCAAUCUCAGCAACAGAUUACAUCUGGAACAUCACAAGGCCAUCUACAACCUGCUCACACUCAACAAGUUACUUCUGGCCAACAACAGAGCAACCUUCAACAAAUGGCUACAAGCUCAGUUCAAGGACCUUCUUCUCAACAGCAGUCUGGCAAUCAGAUUCUUUCUGAUGUCAGUGCAGGACAUCUUCAGCAACCAUUAUCUCAGUACACUCCACCUUCAUCCACUAUCAUUACAUCAGCUGAUCUAAAUGUCACUAUCCAACCACAAUUUACAACAGUUCAAAACUCAAACAUUCAAACUUCUGGCCCAGGCCAACCAUCACCUCAACACACUUUCAAGCAGUCUGUGACCACAUCUCAAUCUCAACCAGCAACGCAAGUUUCUUCACAUAUCCUAAAUCCUCCCAAACUAAGUCGUCAAUGGUCUGGAUCAACUGUUUCAUCUCUGGAUGAUAUUUUGUCUUCUAGCCCUGAAAACGUACGAGAGACAACAAUAGCAGACAUUGUUCUUACACCUAAAGUACUUACACCACAAGAAAUUCAACAGCAAAAAGAAGAGGCCAUCAAAAACAAUGCAAUGAAAUUAGCUCAGAAACAAGAUCCCUACCAGGACAAAGAAACUCUUGAUAAAUUUGUGAUAGAAGUAGAGAAAUUUGAGAAAGUUGUUCAAGGACUUUCUAAACCUACCCUAAAUGGACCAAGUCCUCUUGACUCUAUUUGGAAAGAACUCUGUGAUGAACAAGAAAAGGAUAGCCGGAAACGGUCUAUGGCUGCAGCUCGCUGUGAUGCAAUGAAGAAUAGAGACCCAGAUAUUAUGCCUUAUGAUGAUUCUCGAGUCUUGUUAACAAGCCAGAAAGAUGAUUAUAUUAAUGCUAGUUGGUUAGAUGAACUUGUGUUAUCCUGUCCCAAGUUCAUUGCUACUCAGUUUCCACUGAAUGUAACUAUUGUUGACUUUUGGAUUAUGGUCUAUGAACAAGGUGCUGAAGUUAUAGUGAAACUGUUUAGUGAAGCUGAAGAAGGCAAGAAAUAUCCAAAUUACUGGCCAACAGAGAAAGGUCAAAUCAUUUUUCAUGGUCCCAUUGGUUUAACUUUACAGACCUGUAAAGAAAAAGAAUUUUGGACUGAACGUCUUAUUUAUCUUACACAUUCUGAGACCAAGCAAGCUAGAACAAUUGUCCAUCUUCAGUAUCGGAACUGGCCUGUCAGUGGCUUCCCUGAAAAGAUCCCCUAUUUACUGCAGUUUAUUGCAGAAGUACAUUCUUUCUAUCGACAACAGAGAAGCCUAACUAAACCAGUUAUUGUUCACUGCAGUAAUGGAGUAGGCCGAACAGGAACCUUUAUUUCUGUGUAUGCUGGAGUUGAAGAAGUGAAUCAUGCCAAUGGAAUUCUAGAUAUUCAAGCAUUGUGCCAAAAGAUGAUGAAGAAACGCCGAUAUAUCAUUCGAGAUAAGGAACAGCUCAAAUACUGUUAUGAUACCAUUUUAUAUCAUGCAGAAGAUUUACUUAUGAAACGUGGAAUUCUGACCAAUAAAGCUUCUUUUGGUGAUAAACUACCAAAUCCUGGAGACAAGACACACCAGAGGAAGCCAUCUGAAGACUUGACCAAAAUCAAUGUAUCAUCUGCACAAACUGAGACUUCUAAGGACUCUAAAGUAACAAGUUCAAAGAGUGAAGAGACUAACAGUGAAGUAGAUUCUGGUAAAGUUGUUGACUCAACUUCUUCCAAUCUUCCUGACCUUGUGCAACAGCAGUGCAAUUUGAAUACAUCUGAUGCCACAGGUGAAGCCCAGGUUGAGAGCCGAAGUCGAUCUGGUUCGGGCUCUUCUUCCAAAAGCAUUGGUACUGCAGGUGGGAGCAGUGGUACAACCUCAAUGAGUAAUUCACCCCAACACAUUGGCAGUAGUCAGCAGAAAGAUAUACCACUCUCUUUGGCUCAGCUACAAAAUCCUAAUACUUUUACACUUGAACUGACAGCUGGACGUAAAAAGAUUACAAAAUCAAGUUUCACAAAUAAAACCACAUCAAUUACAGAUAGCAUGAAUGACCCAGAUGAUCCUCUUAGUUCACUUGACCCUCUUUGGUCUAUUAAGAAAAAAGAAGACUCUUAAUAUUAUUAUUAUCAUUAAUAUUAUUAGUGCGGUGGAGUGCAGAAUUAGUAGUGUGGCGGACAAAAUGCUUUGCAGUAUUUAGUUGCGUCCCUUUGUGUUCUGAUUUCACAUCCACUAGUGUUGACAUUGCCUUUUCUUCCUUUAAUGGGGAGGUUUGCUAAAAUAAUUACCAGUGAUAUACUGGUGGUCAAUUCAGUCAUUGACUGUACCCUCUCCCUCAAAGUUUGUGGCCUUGUGUCACAGUUAGCAAUCACCAGUUAUCAUCCUCAUCAUUGUUAUUAUUAUUAUUAUCCUAUCUAAUUUUUGUUCCAUUUAUAUUUAAUUCUCUGCUCAUUUGUAAUGGAUUGCUUUCCUCUCUCUUGAAGAAACUCUGAAAGUUUGUUCAAUGUUAUUGUUGCACUGAUCUUUUCCAUUCCCCCUCUAUCUAUGUCUCUGUUUUUAUUCCUACACAGAAUUGGUUUUAUGCUAACUUAUCCAUGGACACUGAUAAGUUGAGUAAUUAAAACAAUUAGACUAUAAAUUAGGAUAUUAUGUAUAUAUUAAAUCAUUUAUUGCUUCCCUAAA